GCGCAGACGGUCCGGGGCUGUGCUUGGAAAUCAUGCUCUGCGAGAUCUUUAAUCACUCUGAUUCCGCUUGCUUAUAGUAUAGUUAGCAACUUAGCGAUUAAAUUACAGUUCGAAACUUUCUCAUGUUUUGAUGCCGAAAGUUUUUUAACAGUAUAGCCAUCGCAUAUAUCCAUCAGGGGGAGGUCCCUGCUGUUCCAGGAUGUGUCAGUCUCUGGCUGAGGAGCGCCUGGAGGUCCUUCAGGUCUACAGACUGCUUCAAUACGUGCAUGAGGGCAACACAACUCAGAUGGAGAGGCUGCUCCACAGGGGCGUUCCCGGGCUGAUCAACCUCACAGAACCACAGGAAGGAAACUGUGCUCUACAUCUGGCCUCGGUGGCAAACUGCCUGGACAUGGUGAACUUCCUGCUGUCCCAGGGGGGCCACCCUGACGUGCAGGACAAAAAGGGGCGAACGGCCGUGAUGCGGGCAGCUGAACUCGGCCACGAUGCCAUCGUUGCCCUGCUGGCCAACAGCGACGCCAACAUGAAGGCGGUGGACUCAGAGGGGAGAGGCGUCCUGUUCUAUUGCCUGUCUCCCACUAAGCGCCACAUGCGCUGUCUGGAUCUGGCUCUCGACCACAUGGCAGACGUGAACAACGUGUCAUUCGUGGGGAAGCCUGUGCUCCUGCUGGCCUGCGAACAAGCCCAGGACUGUGAGAGCAUGUGCAUCGCUUUACUGCAGAGAGGGGCGGACCCAAAUGCAACCAAUCAGACGACGGGCCGUACACCUCUGAUGGAGGCAGCCAGGGCUGGAGCCCUGGAGCUGGUGCGGGCCAUCCUCCAGACUGGGGGGAACCCCAACGCACUGGACAAGAAAAGAAUGCAUGCAGCUCAUUUUGCGGCUAUGGGGGGCUUCUUUGAGGUCAUUCGGGUGCUGUCUGCGUAUUCGGCAGACCUUGGUAUAAUGGCUGCCGAUGGGAACACACCACUCCACUAUGCAGCACAGGGGGGUUUCUCCGAGUGCUGCAGGUUCCUAGCCCAGAGAGGUUGCAAUCCUAAAUUGAAGAACUAUGAGGGUUUGUUGCCCCGUCAGAUUGCUAAAGACAACGGCCACAAGCAAGCACUGAAUGAGCUGAAGAAGGCAGAGAGGCUCCACAGCAAGUUCUCCAAGCCUGGAGCAGUGAACCCCAACGAGCAGUGGACUGUCACUCUUCACGACUGGUCCUGUGAGCACGAGGCCGUGCUGAUGGCUCUCUUUGCGGAGGCAGAGGACACGGCCAUCUCUGCUGAGACUGUCUCCAAGGAGACCUUUAUCUCCAUUCUGCAGAAGAGGGGGGCGCCCGUAGACAUUGACCAACUGCAUGCAGUCGUUUCCUCCCAUGAUAAGAAGCGAGAUGGUCAGAUCAACCUCAGUGAGUUUUUCAAGGGACUGAAGUAUCUGCAUAAGACGUAUGUCAUCUCGUCCUACAGCCCUAAGAGGAAGAAAUCCAGCACAGGCAGCAAGGGCAAGAAGAAGGGUAAGCUGGUCCUCCCCAUGCCUAUCUGCACUUUGCCCCCUGAGCUCAUCCAAAGGCGUGAGGAUGGCGGUCCCCCCCACUUCAUGAUAGAGAGCUACCAGCAGUUCACUGACACAAGCCGCUUUAGCAGAGACCACCCACCAGCGCAUGCCAUUGAAGAUGACUCUGCUUGGUAUGUCGACGAACCUGAGAAGAUCUACGUGAACAUUAACUACUGCGUCAAGACGGGGGACAUGGAGUCGCUGCUGCUGGCCUUCAGACAGGGCGUGCCGUUGGACGUCAAAGAUCGCUACUACAAGACGCCGCUCAUAACUGCCUGCGUUUGUGGGAGCUACCAAGUUGCCAAGUUCUUGAUUAGUUUGGGGGCUGAUGUCAACGCAUGCGACCAGUUCAACUGGACCCCCCUGCACCAUGCCUGCCACGCGGGGCAGCUAGACGUGAUCGAGCUGUUGGUGCAGGCGGGGGCGAUGGUGGAUGUGGCAGCCUGGAACGGAGCCACGCCGCUGAUGAGGGCCAUCGAGAGCUGCAGACUGAGCUGUGUGGACUACCUGCUCAAGGCUGGUGCCAAGGUACAGGCACAGAACAAGAAAGAGCAAAACUGCUUGGACAUUGCCAAGGUCUACGCAGACUUCAGGAUAGUGGAGCUGAUUCAAGCCAAGUUUGACAGUCUUCCUAAAUCCAGAGACAACAAGAAGGGAAAGGGAAACAAACUAGAACCCAAACCCAAAUCGGCUGCCUCCAUUAGAGACAAGGGCCCUGGUCCCGCCUCUCCCGUGGUAUCAGAAAUGCCUGUAAAGAGAGAAGCACAGAAGGAGAGUAUUAUAUUCCACAACUCUCUAAUCACCAGCCAGGCGGCCAACAAGCCUGACAUCAGCUUUGUGCCCAAAACGGUCUGGGGUCGCCCGAGGACGACCAGCCAGCUUAUCCAGAAGAAGGAGGAGUGGAGGGAACGGCACUCAUAUGAGGUGGACUUCGAGGAUUUUCUGAUGCCUUUCAACAGAAACAUUAUGGAAAAGUCUCAACAGCUGGCAGAGCCCAACUAAUGCAAAUAAACCUAUUUCUGUUUGUA